UUCAAACGUCUGGUAACAGGAAGCUAUGAGGUCAUAUUAUCUAGCUAUUACACUGUUAGUAUGUAAGUGUGAGAUAUGAUCAGCUUUAUACUUAAGUAUUUGUAAAUUAUGAAACUGAGGGCACCUGUGAAAUUCCUGCGAAAUAUGUGAAAACUCUGUUUUCUAUUGAAAAUGGGAAGGAAACAACUACUCAAAUCCUGAAAUCACAACUUAUACAAACUUUAGAAAGUUUAUGGGGAUCAUGUCAUAUGAUAGUGUCUGAAAAUACAAAUUCAGAUGCUGUAGAGGAUAUCGUUGUUGUUUAUAAAAACAUGACGAAAGAUUGCUUUUUUUGCUACGAUUUCAUAUUCAGAAGUCCAAAUGUUAUACAGUAUAGACGAAGUCAAUGUCAAAGACCUGAAUUCGGAUCAAAUGAAUCUACUAUAUGUGGAUCACUUGCUACAUCGGAAUUAGAGACGGGCUUCGUUCGUUCUCGUGAGGAUUACUCGGAUUUUAAUUGUAAAAGCAUUAUUGAGGGCGUUUUCGCCUUUGACUAUCGAAUUGUUGGAAGUACUGGAUUAUGCAGUAGUCCUUUUAGUUUAAUAAAAGCAUGUCAAAGACAAGGGUCUCCGCUUAGAGAUAAUUCCAUCUUAGAACAGACGUUUGGUUACUGCCCAAACUUUCAAGAUCAGUCGAUCCUUGAAGAUCCCAAUAUAGUUUUUGGAAAAGCAAAUAUUUGGCGAUGUUACGGACGCUGGACAGAUAAAAGUGGAACUAUUUGGGCUGCAAUUGCUUAUGAUACUAACCAGCUGAGAUUCCGAUACCGGUGUUUAACUACACGUAUUGAUCAACAAAAUCCUCAAGAUAUAUAUUAUUGGGGUAUGUCAACUAACUCAGACUGUAAAGUUUUAUAUAAUUACAAUAAUGCUCCUAUCAGACUAGAACUGCGACCUGCAUUUGAUCCUACAAGCCAACUAAGUGAACUGCAACCGGGAUGUAAACUACCGACUAAUUUUAGUGGUCAUUGGUUUUACCCCAGUGAAUAUCAAACUUCUGUUGAUAUCAAUGCUACACACAUAUAUAUGAAACGAAAGCAAGCAAACUUUUUAUACGACCAUAUUUAUUUUGUUUGCCGACAACAACAAGAGUCUCGUUAUUUAAUGACCGUUAUCACUCUUGGUAAAUGUGAGACAGAUUUUAUGUGUAUGGAUUUUAUGCCAAGACACCAUAAUAUAAUACGUUUUCGUAUGGGUCGUCCGUUUCCAUUAUUACAUCGUGAGCGUCAUUCGAUGGGUGCAAGUUAUAUGCAACGUUUAUAUCGUGAAGCAUGUCAUUGGAGUUCAUUUACAUUAAAUUAUAUAGAAUGGACAUAUGAAUAUUUUGUUCAAGAUCCACCAACACCAAUUAAUUGUCCUAUACAAGGAAAAUUUAAAUUCAUUCAACGUGGUCAACAACAAGAAAAGUAUAUAACCAAAAUACCUGGUGGAAUGACUCCUAGACCAUGGGUUCAAGUCCUUUGUUACAAUUAUUGGGAGUCUAAUAUUGAAGCUUGUUUAAAUGAUCCGAAAACAUUACAGCUUGAUGUACAAAAAUGUUGGCGAUUGGAUUUUUCAGGUCAACCUAUAUCUGAAUAUAACGUUGUUGAUAAUUAUAUUACAUGUGUCGGUUAUUGGAUGGAAGACACUAAGUCGUUUUUAGUUACUUAUGAUAAGGAAGAUCCAGUAAGCAAUAAUUUUCGUUGUUGGAUUUAUAAACGUUUAAGUUUUCGAACAUACCUAAUGUCACGUGGUCGUGGUAAUCGCUGUUCUAAAAUUCAAACAGCUGAAUCAUCUUUACCAGAAGAAGGUGCAUCUUUAUUAUUAGAAUUAACAGAAGAUGAAUAUCAAUUUGAUGUAUGUCCAAUGUCAUGGGAUGAUGGACGUAAUCCUUAUGCGAAUCCGGCUAUUUUAGAUGUCUAUGCAAGUGGUUGUAUACUGCGUCCAUUCAAUGGUCUAUUGAUCUGUUUAAUUUUAAUACAUAUGUUAUAUAGAUGAUGUUUACAUACAAUAACUAUCAUUCUAUAAUCAUUAAUUUGUAAACAUACAUAGGAAAAAACGGAUGCUAUUUUUCAAGAUUUUUUUUCUACAAAACUUUGCAAAAAUUAUACUUCUUUUUUAUAUGUACAAAUCGUCAGCCGACUGCUUCAGUUGUAGUUUCUUACGUCCUUCCUUUUUAUAACAUUUUUGAUUUUUGUAUAUAUUUCAAUUUUGAAAGAAUAAAAAAAAAACUUGUUUUAGUAA